AAUAACAAACAGUUCAUUACACAACACCGUACGUUGAUCCCGCAAAUCGGCACCGAUCCCGGUUAAGCACCGUUUCCUGGAGGAAUUGCACCAUGUCGGUUUAAAAAAGUGAUCAAAAUGUUGUCCCUCACCCGUCAAUUUCUAGCUUUAAAUGUGACUGGCAAAUUUACGCUUCAACGCUUUUAUUCGCACCUGUUAAAUCAUUCGAAUAGCAUCGGUUUAAAACCUCGAAAUGGCAUCUCGCCACUUCCGGUAGUGUUAUCGCAGAACCUAUUCUGGGAGCGGGAUCGCAAAGGUGGCUACGGGGACAAAAACAAACCGCCGGUCUCCCGCAAACAGAUGCUGCUCGAUGGCCUCCGGGAGCUGAGGAAAGAGUUUGCCAUGUUCGAACAGGAGUGGCGCGAAAAGUUGGCCUGCGAUCCUCUGGUGGUAUUUCGUCCGGGUGAAACGGAUGUGGUGUUCAACUUCGAAAGCCAACCGGAUCUGGACCGGUGGGUAGUGACGAGUGACCGAGACCAUGGUGAAGGCUUCUCGGAAGCCAAUUUCGAACUUAGCCCGGCUGGGUUCGGAUUGUUCCACGGCAAACUGGAGUCGCGUGCUCCGAAGGACGGGCGGAUCAAAAAGGCCGGAUACGCGAAUAUUCGCAGCCAGAGGAUACGGAAAUCUUUUAAACGGGAUGCCUUCUUCGAAUGGGAACAGUACAACACUUUGGUUUUGAAAGUGCGGGGAGACGGUCGAACUUACCUGAUCAAUUUGGCUUCCGAGGGCUAUUACGACAUCUUGUGGAAUGAUGUGUAUCAUUAUGUGCUGUACACACGCGGGGGUCCACAUUGGCAGACCGCACGGAUUCCAUUCAGUAAAUUUUUCCUCUCAUCGAAGGGACGCGUGCAAGACAGUCAGGCGCCGAUUCCUUUGAACAGGAUCAGUAACAUAGGUUUUUCGGUGGGUUCACGCGGAGGUCAUGACGGACAGUUUCGGCUGGAAUUCGAUUAUAUAGGGGUGGAAUACGAUCCGUCGCAUACAGAGGAAUUCGCUUAUGAGAUGUAUAAACAACAGAAGUAUAUCGUGGGCACGUGAAAAGUUGUUCCAAAUAAACAAUUUUUUUGUUACCAAAAAUA